CUUCAUGUUGGUCUGCUAACCGCCAUUAAACUUCACAAGAAGAAUUAAACCCUAGGAGCUUUUUGCCAGUUUGAGCCGGGAGGAGGGGAAAGUGGUUGCUAAGCGAUAGAAGGGAGCGGGGCGAGUUUGGCUUGCAAAAGGGUUUACACUGUGUUUUUUUUUGCCCCCCUUUCUUCCAAUACCCCGCUGUCCACGGUAGAAAUACCGAGUGCUGAUAAUGCACGCAGAAGUUCCGGUCACUGACCUACAUGAGCCGAUAGGCCAGGCCUCCAUCGAGGGCCUGGACGCUCCUGGCGCCGCGCCCUUGCGUCUCUACCAAUGCGGGGGAUGCAGGGAGGAGCCACGGCAGCUCGAGGGACAUUUGAAUCCACGACAGAGCGUCUUCUCUGCGUCCGUGGAAACCAAACACGGGGAGAGCAGCUUGGUUUGUCCGGGAUUUUUUAAAAUCCAUUUCAUUAUCUUUUUUUCCCUGGUGUCAAUUUCGUUUUUAUCAACAAAAGCAGAGCCAAUAAGAGGUCAUGGAAUUUCCAUUAAAACACAACUGUCAUGAUAGUUUCUGUGAACCUUCAAGCUUGAAGAAUGGUUUACCAAGUUCUAUUAAUGUUAAACAAAAGCUAGAAUCACAUAAUCCACUUGUUGGAUCAAAGAACCGUAAUGAAGCUGAGAACACAGCUGCCAACAGUAAAGCUAUCAUUUCUACUUUGAAAAAUCUUCAGAAAAAGAUUAGUUCUUUAGAGAUGGAGCGGGCAGAAGCUGAGCAAAAAAUGCAAAGUCUGCGAUUUGAAGCUGUUCGGUAUAAAAAUACCUUGGAGCAAGAAAAGAAGGAUGCCAACAAGAAGACUGGAGAACCUAAUGAACUUGCCGUUCAGCUGGGAGCUGUUGAAAGUCGCUGCUCACUGCUGGAGAAGCAAUUGGAAUAUAUGAGGACUAUGGUGGAGCAUGCAGAAACAGAGAAGAAUAUGUUAUUGGAAAAGCAGGCGUCACUGCAGAUGGAUAGGCACUGGGAUGACGCACAGCUGCAAUCAAAGCUUGAAAAACUAGAAAUCCUAGAACAGGAGUGUUUAAAAGUUACUGCAACACAAACCAGAGCAGAAAGUAAAAUAAAGGAACUACAGCAAAGAUUCCAAGAAGAAGAGCACCAGCGUAAGCUGAUCCAAGACAAGGCAGCUCAGCUUCAAACAGAACUUGAAAUAAACAGAAUACUUAUAGGAUCCUCUUCUGCAAAAAAGAAAACAAAAGUGAAGAGAAGAAAAGGCAUUGUGAAGAAUGAGAUGAAAAAGGAAAACUCUCAGUCUCCUCGUCUUUGGCCAGGACAAGUAGGAUUUCCAUUUGUUGCUGGCACAUCCAUUAGUUCCAGUCACUCAGUUGCAGCAAAUGUACAGAAUGUCCUCCAUCUGAUGAAGCAUUAUAACAAAAUGACUUCUGAUGGAAGACCAAAGUAUCCUGAUCAAAGAACAUUUCAGAAGACAAGAGAAGUGAUUUGUGACAAAGGCAGGGUGAAGAAUGAGGAUUUGAAGUUUGUAUCAUCCUCAUCAUUGACUGAGGGGCUCUCUGAAAUCCUUGUGGCAUUGCAGGAUGAGCUGGGUCAAAUGAGCUUCGAGCAUCAGGACUUGCUGAAGCAAAUACAAGAUACCAAGAAUAUAAAUGUUCGUGAAGAUCUGGAACGUGAACUGGACUGUCUAGUGAAACAGAUGGAGAAGAAAGGGGAACAGAUUUCUAAACUCAGAAAACACCAGGAUCAUGUUGAAAAACUGAAUCUGAAAGUGAAAAAGAUGAGGAAGCAGUUGGCUGAAACAAAGAAAGGAUCAAAACCUUUAAAUGAAAUAAAAGAAGUUGCCCCUAAAGCAACAGAAGAUUUAGCUAAGCAAACUACUGCUCUGGGGAAGAAAGGACAAGAAAGCCUUCAGUUGCUUAAAAAUGCACAAAGGCUGCAGAUGACCCUAAGGAAAAAUGACAUUGUAUGGGACCAGUGAUUACAUGAACUUGGAAGGCAAUGUCUGUAGAUUGUUGUAGAGUAGGUCUGUGAUUCGAUUUUUUUUUUAUAUAUAGAUAUAUAUAUAAGAAUUGAAAUAUUUCAGACCCUGGCAUAUGGUACUGAUUUGAUGUUUCGUGUUGCUUUUUUCAUUGUAAUCUACAAUCAAAAUGACUUACUCUGAGCAGUUACUGAUGCUAGAUUGCUGAAUGUUUUGUAUACGUGUUACUUGUUCAUCCAUACUAAUAAAAGCUCUUAAGAGUCGACUAUGUAUAUUUUUCUUUUGUUUGCUCAUAUACAGGAGUCCCCCAUUUUUCGAACGUUCGCUUUACAACACCUUGCUGUUACGAAAGACCUACAUUAGUUACCUGUUUUCGCUAAUAGAAGGUGUUUUCAUUGUUAUGAAAAAAGGCCGCACAUGCCGAGCAGCCGAGCUCCUCCC